UAUAUUUUUUACAGGAUGAUGAAUAACGAAGAUAACUGGACAAGGAGUAACGAACAAUCUCAUUGCCAUCGUCACGCGUCGAAAUGCCUUAAAAUUUUUCAAAGAUACUUCUUGGUCCUUUCGUUCGGCUUUAUAUUCGUUGGGUUGCUGAAAAUUUUCAUCGAUUACGGAUACAAAAAUAGUAACAAGUACGGACUCCUAGGACCCGUAGCCUUAGCUACAGGAUUUUCCUUUCUUCUCAUUUCGAUCGUGUUGAAGUGCAUCGAAUGCAGCAUCCCCGAGUCUACGUACCGCAUCCUUGAUGACGAAAGCGUAUUCUGUUCGCAAGCAUCCGAAUAUUCUUCCGUGCAACAUUGUGUAACGCCCAGCGCCCCUUUUCCGUCCACGAGUCUCUACAAUCCUCAAUACCACGAACGCGGUAACAGAAAUCUACCAAAUUACUCCGAUUUGCCACCAUCUUACAGCGAACUCUAUCCCGAUAACUAGUGACGUUAAAUGAACAAUCAAUGACGAUUACUGAUGAUCGUGUCUCGUAUCGCCUGCACCGCGUUGAUCCUCGCCAACCUCGAAGAAAUCCUAAAUAUAAACUGGUGUUCUGUCCUAUUAAUCAAAACUGCAAUGUUAAUGAUGCUGAAUUACGAGUCUAACAGUAAAGUUCUUGAAUAAAUUCUCAUGUCCAGUGACAUAAUCGUGCAGAAGAUACCUUUUGAAUUUACAGCAAGAUGCAAUAAACUUUCUAAAUGAGAGAUGCAAUUGAUCAUUAAUUAAAUGUUUCUUUAAAAAUAUUCGUAAUCAAAUGUAUUAUUUUUCACAUAUGCGUGUUGCAAGAUUUCCGAGUGAAGGAUGCACCCAAUUACCUAAUUAUCCAGCAAUCUUGCGCAAAGUUAGUCCUAAAAUUAUGGCACGAGGAUUUAUUGGAGAUUUGCGUAACGUCUAACGGGCCGCAAAAUGCUAUCGUACAAAAAUGAAUUGACUACUGAAUCUUAUACUGUAAAUACGCGUAACGCCUAGCGCAUUUUAUCUGAAAGGAACAAUCUUUACCAUUUCCAGUUUAAUAUCGACUUUAACCUCCAGCACGAAGAUAAAUCCACAGUAUCUAUCCGAACAGUACGAGAUAAAAGAUAGAUUUCAAUGAAUACGAUUUCUAUUUACUGUUAUGAACGGUAACGAUAAAAUUCUACGUAACAAAUGAUGUAACUCGUUAGUUUUGCUGGCAUAUCCAAUAUACUUUUGUAUGCUAUCUUCUGGAUGCAGACAAUAGAGUAAAUCGUUUUAGUUGUGUUACGAUUUCUGUUUGUAACCACUUAAAAUAUUGAAAUAUUGAGCGGCGAUCGAAUGACUUAUCAUUUGUAAGAACGGAUCAGGAACGUAUCAGCCCCAGUGCAUUUUCAGCCCAUUCGGAGGAAAAGAUCAUAAUGAAUAAUGUAUUAAGAACCAGAGGGCGAUCGAAUUUUCAUCCAACGGCGGGAUGUUUCCUCAUGGGAGCUUUUGCCGUCUGUUGCUUGGUUUUCGGAGUCAUUAUGGCAUUUGCGGGAAGCAUCGUAAUGGGCAUCGCUUACGGAAAGGUCAACUCUCUGUACCCGACGUCCGGUUCUUUGCAGAUUAUAGGUCCGAUACUCACCACCGUCGGUAUCUUAUCCUUGCUGACCUCGGUUCUGCUGCUGUGUAUUGGUUCUCGCCUGGCCAAGAUUCCUCAACAUCUCAGAACCGAAGAAGAAACCACACUAACAGCUCCUUCCAGGCUGCCGUCCAUAUCGCACACGCAAGUUCCCGCUUCUCCCAACGCUUACUUCUCACCCACAGAAUUUUCUAAUCCUCAAUACUUUGAACCGAACAACUGUACUAUUCAACAGUAUCCCGACCUGCCACCCCCUUAUAGCGAAACCGAUCCUACUACGUAAUUUAAAGUUGUACAAAGACACACCUUUUGUAAUUUUUAUCAUAAAGUUUAAGUUAAACUUUAUUAUAUAUUAUAUCAGGUCUUCGUGCAGCCUGAAGGGCCCACGUUGACGACUCGGAAAGGUUCGAAAGUGCUCCGGUUUUAAGUGAAGAUUUGUUGGGAUAAAGCAUGAUUUCUUCAAGUCAGAAGCCAUAUUUGGUAUACAGAAUCAAUUCUUCGAUAUGUUUCCUCGAUUAAAACAAUGUAAAUUUUAUCAAUUUAAUACAAGAUAAGAAAAUAUAACUGACUUAACUGACUCUGUAUUGCUUUAAUCUUAUGGAACCAAAGUUCGAUAUGAUUGAAAAUUCUCAUAUCUGUUAUCAACCUGAGAGAUUUAAUAUUUAUCUUCUUAUGAAAAAAACAAGUUACUUCUAAAUAAGGAUAUUGUAAUGAAAAUCGCUAAUUGACUUGUUGAAUAUUGAAUGUAAUUACUUAAAAUAUUUAAAAACUAAAAAUUUA